AUGGCACUUUUGCUUACUAGCUUGCCUUCUUAUGAGGCAAGAAAAAUCCUCCAAAAUCCAAUGAAGAGAAACCAAGACCAAGUCCCUCCAACAUUUGUGCCAGUGCCCAAUCCUCUCAGCCAAAAGGCCUUAGCCAGUGAUCAAAUUAAUGUCUCUUCUUUACUAGGUGGACUGGAUUCGGCUCCUCAUGUUCCGGUGCCUCCAUCAGCACCCAGUCCAGGCACCUACAUUCCCAGUUCAGCAAUGACACAAACAAAGAAUCCUCCACAUCCCUCUAUGCUGCAUGAUGCUUAUCAUGUUUCUGCACCCAAUCCGAGCACUCAUAUCAUCCCUCCUUCAACUACAACGAGUCCCAACCCUGCUCCAUUGCUAGGCACACCACAGAUGAGUCCUCUGCCUCCCUCUGUCAACACUGCUCCAUUGCCGCAGAAGAGUCCUCUACCUCCCUUUGUGUCUAACAGGGGUACUUCCAUCCCCUAG